AUGCUGUUUCCCAUAUGUUGGAGAGAGAGAGAGAGAGAGAGAUGUUGAUCGAGGAGGUCUUUCACUCCUCCUCUUUUUCUCUGCCCCUUCACUUCAUUCUUAAUUUGAUAAGAUUAAAUCGCUGUGGUGGACCAGGCAAAAGCAGCUCUUAUUUUAGCGUGAUGUGCACGUAUUAAAGAACAUUUUUACCUAUUUUAUUAAGCCACUCGACACACAAGUGCAUCCAAACUUGUGAUUCCUUCCACCCUGAGACGGAUGUGCAUCUUCCAGGAGUGGAUAUGUACCAGGGCAUCAUGACCACCAACCACGGACACCCUUCCUACGACGCAGGCUUCCUGCACAACUCCGCGGGUACAUCCCCGGUCUAUGUGCCCACCACCCGGGUCGUCACCCCGAUGAUCCCCACCCUGCCCUACCUCCAGACGCCCGGAGCGUCACAGACGAGCACGCCGGCCUCAAGUCACUCUGCCUGGGCUCAACCUGGCGCCGAGUCGGUGUCGUCGUACAACCACUCCCCGGUGUCUCCGCGUUUCAGCUUCUCCACAAGCCCACCGGCGAGGGAGCAGGCAGCGGCGGCCUCCUACGGCAGUCCACUCGGCAUCUCUGCGAAUGGAAGAGAACACUACAGCGCCCGGGGUCUCGGUGGGUCAUACCACAGCCCCUACCCGGCCUAUAUGAGCCCGAACGUGGGUGGAACGUGGUCGGCGUCACCCUUUGACAGCCCGGUGUUGCACGGCCUGCAAAGCGGAGGUCCAACAGGAGCAACACGGCACCCAAAUAUAGAUAUAUUUGACGACUUUGCAGAGGGUCGAGAAUGUGUCAACUGUGGCGCCAUGUCCACGCCGCUGUGGAGGCGAGACGGCACGGGCCACUACCUGUGCAACGCCUGCGGACUCUACCAUAAGAUGAACGGCAUCAACAGACCUCUCAUCAAACCCCAGAGACGACUGUCGGCCUCCAGGAGGGUCGGCCUGUCCUGCACCAACUGCCACACCACCACCACCACCCUGUGGCGACGAAAUGCGGAGGGAGAGCCUGUCUGCAACGCCUGUGGCCUCUACAUGAAACUCCACGGGGUCCCGCGACCUCUGGCUAUGAAGAAAGAGGGGAUCCAGACCCGCAAACGCAAACCUAAGAACCUGAGCAAGACCCAAACUGGGGGUCCAGGCACUGAGGGGGCUCCAAUGACACCAACAAGCAGCACUCCCCGGGCCUCCAUCACCUCCUCCUCCUCCAGCACCUCCUCCAUGUCCGAGGAGGCCCGGCACAUUAAGACAGAACCAGAGACGCCCAUCUUGUACACACACAGCAGUGCGCACACACAGGUAGGCUUGCUUAACACGUCAUCGUUUCCAUCUAUUGAUCUGCUGCCUAUAAAUGCUCAGGUUUGUCUAUGUUGGACUGUAGGUUUCAGCUCUGCCGGCCUACAUGACAGCUCAAGGGGGGGCUCUUCCUCUCAAGAUGUCCCCGGGGGGGCACGGCGCAUCGUCAAGCUCAAAAGCCGAGCCGUGGAACAACCUCAUCCUGGCUUAGAACACAGCAGAUCCUCCACAAGGCAGGAUGGAGACAAAUUGAAGAGCAGAAAAGACUGACUAUGAAAAACCAGGUUAUGUCACUCCCACCUGCUCUACUUGACUUAAAUACCUGACAGUUGAUUUAUGUUCAAUAUGUGACACCAAAACAGGUCAGAGUUCAAUAUACAAUCAGUAUUGACACAGGGUCUACUCUUAAAAUUGAUAACGUCAGCGGCCAACGUGUUGCACAAUGCAAACACGCGAUAUGGACGUUGUAGGCAAGUAGAGCCCUCUGCUGGCAGAACUGUAAAUUGCACCCACAUGAACGUUGAACCUGAGCCUGUUCUCGCAAGCAUUUAGAUGGAAAAUGUAACGUUGUGAUUAGUAGAAACCCACUAAAUGACUUGAAAAUAAGCUUUGUGGUUUUAAUCGACGCAUUUUUGGGGAAAAACAUACACUGAAAUAGCAAAAUAUAGUAUUACAGUCAUCCCUCGCUAUAUCGCGGUUCGGAUAUCGCUCACUCACAUUGUAGCUGUUUUUUUUAAAAAAUAACAUUUUCACUGUUUCGUGGUUGACUAUGGCCUAUUAUUUGUCCAAAAAUGUAGAAAGACACGUUUUAUGCAGUAUUGUGGUCACUGGGCAUCAGUAAUGUUACGAGACAUGACGUUGGAUUACAUGACCUUUCACACUGCAUGGAGACUGGCUACUGAGCCAGCAGAGCCGAGCCGACAUGCCAUGGCUGAGUUUGAGUGGAAAAAAAAAAGGUUCUCCUCUCGUUCCGUGUGGAAGUGGUAAGUUUUUGGCUUCUUUAUCCUUCUUCCCCACCACGUGUGAAACACUUUGUUAAGUUUGGAGUAAGUAAAUUGGAGAGGCUAACUAGUUAGUUGGGUAUCUUGCUAUGCUAGUGGCAGCCGUCUCUUACGUCCCUGCAGUGGUCCCUUAGCCUGCACAAUGUGAUGUAAAUGAAGAAUAACAGUCGUAUAAAAGUGAUUAUUGGGGUGUUAUUUCAUGUUUAUGAGGUUCUAAUAAUGUUAUUAGAAAGUGAAACAGGUUUUCUAUGCUCUAACUACAAAAAUAUUCCGUUUAUUAAUACUUAAUCCCCAAUUCACUUAUCGCGAUCGAGCCUGGAACCAAUUAAAGGAGGGAUGACUGCGUUAUUAUUUUUAUUAUUAUUAAUAAUUAUUAUUAUAAAGUGGACCAAAGACUGUAAGACACUUUUAUGAGAUGAUGCAUUUAAAAAAAUAAAAAAGCUAAAUACAUUUGGACAAAAACGUCCAUAUCCACAAUGUUUCAUACACUUAUUCAAUAUGUACAUGCACAUCCAAAGUUCUAAGGUUAUAGUGGAGUAUUACAGAAUACUCCAGGUCAGUGGUCAACCUGCAUGUAAAACAUUUUUGCAAGGUUUAGCUUGAAACAUGUGUUAAUAUACAUUUAUUUUUAUUUUAAAUCUCCGGUGUUCUUGAGUACCUCUAGUGUGGUACUACUCAUACCACAUUUUUAGACUCAGUAUUCUAGUUUAUUCUAGAGCACAUGUGUCAAACUCGUACCCUGGAGGGCCGAGACGCUGCAGGUUUUCUCUCCAACCAGUUUCUUCAGCAGGUGAUUUAAUUGAUGAGCUCCUUCCCUCAAACUGAAGGUGUUGAUCAUUAAAAUCACCUGCUUUAGUGACUGGCUGGAAAGAAACCUGCAGUGUCUCGGCCCUCCAUGGCACCAGUUUGACACCCCUGUUCUAGAGGUUAAAAGCCUUUUUUGAGUUGCCUGAAAAUUGUCCAAUGUCUUAAUAUCUCUAAAAAAAAAAAAAAUAGAUGUAAAUUUCCAACCACAAGUUACCACUCAACAAAUAAGAAUUGACCUUUAACUCAAAAUUUGACCAGGGCAUAAAUUAUUUUGUGCUUGUGCUUCAUGUUUUGUAUCAUUUCCUACAAAUUUCUGAAAAAAACAAAAGUAUUCACCCCUCCUUACUAGCCAUACUGUCGCUACAUAAAUCCCUGUUAGUAUUUAUUUGUGAAGGUGCCCCCCACAGUGACAUUACGUUCUAAUUAGCAUCCUGUGUAACCUUCAUUUUAGGGCUUGUGUGUCAUGACUGUACAGUAUUUUGUGUGUAAAUGUGGUAUAUUGUGCUGCGUUCCGUAGGCUAAGCGGCAACUUUAUUUACAUGUAUGUAAAGGCUCUCCACUCCAGUAUAAUUGUGUAAUUCACCAUUUGUGCUAUAUUGCAUUGAGAUGCACUAACAUGACACUACCUGAUACCUUCUCUCUGGUGCCGCUGUGGCUCUUAACGGAGUACACAAUUGGACACGAUGCAAAUGCAUGGUGUACAAGGACAAAUGUUUGCAUUUGCAUUUAAUAAAGGGAAGGUGACCGCA